UUAAGAUUUAUUUAAUAUCACGAAAAUGAAAUCUCGUAGUAAAACACAUCAUUCAUCAUCAUCAACGGCUGCGGCGGCGGCGGCAUCCUCAAUAACAAAAUCAUCAUCAUUUGGAUCAUCAUCAACAACAGCGGCUGCCGUUAGUGUAACAAAAUUUGGUCAAGCAACAUUUACAUCGGUUCGUCAUCGACAACAGGAUCAUAAUGAAAAUGGUAAUUUUGUUCCGUUGAAAAAAACUAAAUAUGAACAUCAUGAUCCGGUGGAUGAUUUGAUAAUGAUGAAAAUGGAUCGAAAAUCCGCAACAUCGAUUCGUGAUGGUACGAAUACCAAUGUCGGUGAUGGUUCAAAUGAAAACAAAGUUGCCGAAACAAAACCUAAAGUUUAUAAAUUUUUCAAAUCACGUUCAUCGGCAACAACUGCGGCGGCCAAUACAUCAUCAUCACAAUCAUCGAUGACUACCGGACAACAAUCGAAUAAUUCAUCAUCGAAUAGUUCACGGUUAUCAUCAUCAUCAUCAUCAACAACAACAACAACAUCAUCAACAAAUCGUUCACCAUCGAUUGUAUUGAAUAAUUUUUCCAAUCAAAAACAACAAAGGAUAACAACAUAUAGUGGACGAAUUAAAGCGACUACUACUCAUAAUAAUAAUAAAAAUAAAAAUAGUAAUAAUAAUAAUUCGAUUCAAACAAAAUCAAUCAACAUAACCGAUAAUAGUAAAUCGUGUGAGAUAAAAAUUUGUGGCGAUAAAACAAUUAAAAAGGUUAUAUCACCAAACAAAGUGACCGAAUUUCAUAUACGUAUUAAUAAUUCAAAUGUACGAAAUGCAACGGUUAAACCAUUACAAACUACUCAUACUGUACAAACAUUAUUAUCAUCAGAAGCCAGUCGUGGUAUUCGUUCAUCACGACGAUUAAAAGGAAUCGAACCGGAACAAGUGAAUAAUUCUCAAAGAUCAUCAUCAAGUAUACAUUUUGUUUAUGAGAAAAAAUCACCAAAUCUUACUACAACGAUUGAGGAGAUAAUUGAAGAUGAUGAUGAUGAUGAUGAUGAAAAUCAACUUCAAGAAUCUGUUGUUGAACAACAACAACAACCAGAAGAACAAUUAAAUAAAUUAGACGAAUCUCCCCAAGUUACUGAUGAAUCUAUUCUGAAAGAUCAAUCUGAAACUAUUAUCAAUGGCGAGAAAAAUGAUCAGAAUUCUGGUGAUGCUAAAAUUGUUCCAUCAUCACCAACACCGAUUGUGUCUGCCGAAUCUGAUGACUACACUCAAAUCAAAGAAAAAGAAAAAUCUGAUUCAUUUAAAUCCAAUGAAAAGAAUGAUGAUAUACAAACCGAAACGAAUAGCCAAAAUAGUCAGGAUAGUCAAAAAUCCAAUGACCAAAUUCCGGAGACAAUUGAAACAAUAAAUAUUGAUUUAACCGAUUCACAACAACAAAAUGAUCAAUCACAACCAUCAUCAUCAUCAUCAUCAUCAAUUACGACAAUGACUGUCGAAACAAAACCAAAUGAUGAACAUCAACAUCAAAUAGCACCAGCACCAGUCGUUGUUGCUAGACCACCUAAAAAGAAAAUCUUUUCAAAUCGUGAACAUCGUAAUAAAAUUCAAUUUGAUGCAAAAAAAUUCUUCAGUUCUGAAUUAAAAGAUGAAUUCGAUGAUGAAAUCAAUAAAACAGCAGCAACAACCGAACAGGAAAAGAAACCAACCGAUAAUGAUGAUAAUGAUGAUUCUUAUAUUAAAUUAAAACGAAUUAAAAAAGCGCAUCAAUGUCAUGAAUUGGGAGAGACGGAACAAUUCGAUGAAGACAUUAAAUACUAUCUUAGUGGAAUUGUAUCAACGAAUCCAAAUUCAAUGCGUUGUCUUAGUAUUCUAGGUCUAACACAACAAACAAUGCGACCAGAAUUUCGAAUGCAUUUACGUGCACAUGAUGAUAUGCCAAGAAUUAUUAAAGCAUUAAUGGAUGCACCACAAGAUUCGAAUCUUGCUCUAUGUACAGCAUGUUUAAUGUUUGUAUAUAAUCAAGAUCGAUUAACAAUGGAUAUUGAUCCAAAUGCAUUAUCAUUAAUGUUGGAAUUAUUGGAAACCCGAUCCGAUGAAUGUAAUCAGGUUGAAGAGAAACAUCGUUGUAAAGUACGAUCAUUAGUUGAAGAAAUGAAAAACAAAGGUCAUGCUCAAUAUCUAAAAUUGGCUGAAAUAACGGCUGGUAAAUUGGCAAUGGAAACAUUGUUGGGCCUUACAUCGAAACGUGCUGGUGAUUGGUUCAAAGUUGAAUUACGUCGUAUGAAAGGUAUUGAUUUUAUUGUCAACACUGUCAUACGAUGUGCCGAACGACAUACGGAAGAAGGACAAAUAGUGAAAAUUGAUCGUUGUAUGCAUGUAUUAGAAAAUGUUACAUUCAACAAUAUAGAAAAUCAGCUUUAUAUUGCCAAUUAUGAUGAAAGUAAAUUCAUAUCCACUUGUAUUGAUUUGUUGAUUCAAUUUAAACAAAGGAUUAUCGAAUCGAAUGAAUCAAAAGUAUAUUUAUCGGCAUUUUUCUCCAUUCUCCGGGUAUUGACUAAUCUUACUUCGGAAAGUGUUGAUGGUUGUAAAAUUGUCGGUAAAUUCGAUGGUAUCAUACAAUUAUUAUUAGAAUCAUUAUUCGAGUUACCAUCAUUCAUUAUGUCGGAUCAACGUUUCGAUUUGAUGGUCAUUAUUAUUUGUCUUUGUAUUAAUUUGGCUGCAUUUUGUGAACACAUAAGAGAUAUAAUAAUGACAUCUGAAACAAGAAAUUAUCUUGGAAAAUUAUGCGAUUUAUUAUUCAAAAAGAUUGAAGAAGCUGCACAAGUUGAACAGCAAACCGAUCAUUUAUUGGAAUCACAUGAAACUGUACAGAUGACUGAAGCAAUGCAAGAUAAUCUUUUGAUGCAAAUGAUUAGUAAAUCUGGUACGCACAUGGAAUACAGUCUAUUAUCAGCAUGUGUUUGUCUAUUGCUUGGCUGUUGUAUACAAGAAAAUAAUCAACACAGGAAAUUAUUAUACGAUAUAUUACCCGAUCAUUCAUUUAAACCGUUGAUUGAACAAUUGAAAAAACUACGAGAUUUUGCCCAUCUAACCGAUAUAAUGACACAAAAAGGAAAAGAAAGAGUACAAAAAGUUUUACAAUUAUUCGAAUCUUGUAAUACAACAAUGAAUCAAUCAUCAUUGAUAGAUACAUCGAUUAUUGAUGAUGAUGAUGUUGAUGAUGACGAUGAUCCUAUUGCUUCUGUUCCUGAGAUUGAUGAUGAAGGUGAUGAUGAUAACAAUGAUAAUGAUAUGAAUGGUACUGAUUGAUUUACUGUGCACAUAACCAUCAAACACACAUUUCAUCAUCAUCAUCAUAAUUUCUGAUCAUCCUUUAUUAAUAAUUUCCAAUUUAGUAAAUGCCAUAGCAUUACUUUUAUUUUCUCAUUUUCAUAUUUUUCAACAAUUAUCCAAUACUUCAUAGAAAUACACACACACUCAUUCAUCACACAUAAUUAUAUCUAUUACAGAAUUGAAUUUAGUACAAUUCCUUUUCAACUCUAUUCGAUGUUCAGAAUUUUUUUUUUUUGUAAAUUAAAAUUUAUUUACCAUUUUC